AACAUGUUUGUACUGUUCUUCCUCACUGAGAGGCUGAGUUACUGGGCGGACAUCUGACCAUUUAAGUUAUCAAGUGUUUACAGCUGCCAUUGUCCUUGGGCCUCAGAUCAAGUUACAGUGAGGAUGAAGGUUCUCUCAUCCUGUGCUACCUCCAUAGGCAGCUCUUCUCUGCUCGGUUUGAUCAUUUUCUUCAUUACUUUUCACAUUCACAAGCUGGAAUCAGCCCAGUUCAAAGUGAACGGUCCUGGUCACCCUGUAACUGCCAUUGUGGGUAAGGCUGUUGUGUUACCCUGUUACCUGUCCCCCAGGAUGAGCGCUGAGAACAUGGAGGUGAGAUGGUUCCGAUCUGAGUUCUCUUCAGUUGUUCACCACUAUCAUGAGUUCAGGGAUCAGUAUGGGCAGCAGAUAGCAGAAUACCAUGGAAGGACAGAGUUAUUGAAAGAUGGCAUCCUGGAUGGGAAUGUUUCCUUGCAGAUUCUUAAUAUCAGAAGCUCUGAUGAAGGACAAUACAACUGCUUUGUUCAAGAUGGUCUUUUUUAUGAAGAAUCUUUGUUGGAACUGAAGGUAGCAGGUUUGGGCUCCAAUCCUCUUAUCUCUGUGGAUAGUUAUCAGGAUGGAGGGAUCCGGGUGCUUUGUCAAUCAACUGGGUGGUAUCCAGAGCCAGAGGUACUGUGGAGAGAUCUCAAUGGGCAAGAAUUAUCAUCGCUCUCUGAAGCAAAAUCCCUGGGGGAUAAUGGCCUGUUUGAAACAGAAAAUGCCGUUGUUAUAAAAGAACAUUCAAACCAAAACUUGUCCUGUUGGAUCAGAAACACCUUUCUCAAUCAAGAAAAGGAAUCAACAAUUUAUAUAGCAGAUCACUUUUUCCCAAGACUGAAUCCCUGGAUGGUGGCUCUGUGUGUGAUCCUGAUGGAUUUGUUUGGUGUCAGUGGCCUCACUGUUUAUUUAUUGAAAAUUAAAAAAGAAUGGGAUAGAGAAAUUGGUAAGUCUCAUAUUCUUUCCUCCAACAAGUAAAUCUUUUGUACAACCUUGUCUCCUCAAGUUUAAUUAUUUAAUCUUUUGAAUAUUUAUCUCUAGUGUAGACACAAAAUUAGUAAAACGUGAAUGAAAUGUUUUCCAGGUUCUAGGAAUUGAAAUGAAAACACUCCUUUCAGUCUGCAUUAACUAAAAAUAUUCCAAAUUCAAUUUUAUAUAUUCUGUUUGCUUUAUUUAUGUGUGUUUAGGGGAAUAUCUUUUAAAAUAUUUAGUUCAAUUUUUCUCUUAAUUGAACAUCUCAUGUGAAGUACUUUGCUGCUAGUUCUUAGCCUGUUUGCCAGAAGCUGGGAAUAGGCAAGAGGGGAUGGAUCAUUUGAUGACCUGUUCUGUUCAUUCCCUCUGGGGCACCUGGCAUUGGCCACUGUUGGAAGACAGGAUGCUGGGCUAGAUGGACCUUUGGUCUGACUCAUUGUGGCCUUUCUUAUGUAAUCGUCUUAUUAUUAAUUAAUAAUAAUAAUAAUAAUAAACAGACAUCAACUUGAAAGUCAUAUGAAA